CCUGGAUUCCACUGCUAGACACCAUCCAUCUCUGCCUAUAAUGCUUGUAAACUAAGGCAAUAUCGAGGCAUACGCACAGUAUGCACAUAUGCCAAUAAGAGACUGAUCAAUUUCAGUCUUAAACACCAAUGUGAAGAUUCAAGUAAAACAAUACCAAGUGAAUUAUAAAGGUUUAUGGUUAUUGAUGAACUCAUCUGAGGACGAAACGAAUGUUGGUAUAAGUUGAGAACAUGAACUUUUCUAGUUCCAAUCUCGUAUCAAGACACAAAUUUCCUUCCAAGACUUUUAAUUAAAUAUAUACAUUGGUAAUUGAGAAUGAUAAUUUAAAUGUCUCAUUGAUUAAAUGAUAGUUUUCAAUGUCAAUCAAUACCAGCUGAAACGUUUGCCUUACUGGUGAUAGUUACAAAGUUAGUUUUUCGUAUGCAGUUUCGAAUAUCAGUGAUUGUCUCUGAAACUAGUCUCAUAGAAAUCCACUCCUGCAUUUGAACGCAGCGUCAAUCUCAUUUAAGGUUAUGUCCUAGUAUGUAUGUUAUGCAUAGGGUAAGAAGUUGAAGCACCCUAACCACUACUUUUUUGACUAGAUAAAUCAUGACAAAUAUAACAUCCUAAUCACUUUUAAGAAUUUUCAUGCUGGGUCACUGAGAAUUGAUUCAUUCACUAAUAUACCGUUUUACAAACCUAUCUAAAACGUCUAUUAAGACUAUUAUCUAAAUUCAGUUGUUCAAUUGUUCACUUCAACAAGCUUCCUUCUUUGUUUCUUGUAUAGCUAAAGAAAAACCAAACAUAGCUUACUCCAGAUCAAAAUCAACUGAUCAACCAAUGAUAAAACUGAUUCAAGGAACAAAAAGCAGUCAGCUAGCUGUUUUUGAAAAAGGAUCACACAAAUAUGCAGGAUUUGUGCCACCAACAGCUGAUCGUACACCUCGUCUAUUUCCUCAUCCAAUACCAUGGGAUAAACAGUCACAGAAACCAAUGUGUUUAGGGUGGAAACCUCCAGUUUACUCAAUUGAAGGAUGGACUGAACCAAGAAAUUUCACUGAAAUUUCAGAAGAAAGAAAGCUUCAGUUCAAAACACUAAUUCCUAAUGUUCCUCCUCCCGAUCCAAUAACUGGAUGUCCUAGAAAUCCUGGUGGUCGCACUGGAGUUAAUGGAAAAGGACAUUUACCUGAAUGGGGUGCAAACUCAGCUAUUAUACUAGUCAUUACAAAAAAGAUAGGUGAACUUCUAUCUGAUUCCGAAUAUACAACAGAGAGAGAUUUUAAAGUUAUUGUUUAUAAAAAUCCGUUAGGCUCACAACUACCAUGGUUUCUAGUUCAACAUCCUACUGGUUGUAAUCGUAAAGUAUGUGUCAACGAAAUAUUUGGUAUUCUCACAAAAAAUCGUAUGAAACACUUGAUAAAAUCGAUGCCAACAAAGAAAACAACUUUAGUAGAAACUGUGAAAAAGUUCAACAGUUUAACUACAAAAAUUGUAAGUUACAUAUUAUUCUUAAAAUUGUUAUUGUUUGAAAUGAAUACUUUGCUUAUGAAAUGAGAUUACAAGUGAUGAACUGUUUGUAUUACAGUUAAUCAUUGAUAAUGAGCGACUUGGAAAUAUUGUGUAUCAGUCGGAGAUGAUAUACCUCAUAUAUUGGUACAGCGAAAAAUAAAAUUUACGAAAUUAAAAACGAAAAUAGGUGUAAACUAUAAUAUACAUGAAAAUAAAAAACAAAUUAGAAGUAUAUUCCAAAGAGAGCAAAUGAAUGAAGAAUGAAAAGUAUAGAAUGACAUAAAACUCAACAGUCAAAUAACGACAGGAAGCGAAUGAAAUCUCACUACUGUGGUCGAUUUCGGUUAAUGUUACAUUACGUUUCUAACCAUAGAUUAUGACUCGCUCUCUCUCUCCCUGUUACUGGUAAAUGAGAACCUGGUUAGCUCAGCGGAAUAAAUGAAUAUUUACAAAAACAUGCUCAUUAUUUUGUUAGCAUUAAUUUCAGAAACUUUGAUGUAUUUUUGCCAUACAUUUCGAAUAACCUAAUCAUAUAUACACUCAAGGUUGACUAAAUAAAAAGUUGGACAAAUAUAAAAUUGAUAAUUUGAAAACAAAGUAGAUGAAAAGUAAUGUGAUAUGGAAAGAAUAAAUUAGCUCAUCCUCCUAGGAAGAUCCAAGAUAAGAAUUAGUAUAUUUGGCACACGAAAAUAAGGUUUGAGUUUUCUAAAGACCACGGCUUUCUCAACUGAUAAUCUCCAUAUAAAACUUUUAAAGCUAUUUUAAGGUUCAAUCCCAUGAAAUGUUUUAACUAUACAUUUUGCCAUGGGAAAGUACAGUUUUCUGAAUCCCAUGUUUGUCAAAGCAUUUCAUGAUAAGUGAUUAUGUAGCCACUAAGAUAUAUGCUCUACUACGCUUCGUUGUAUUGUAUGAUUAACCCCCUUAUUUUCGUCCACACACCCAUUACUCUCAAACGAGUGUUUGAUCAAAAGACAGUUACCAACUCUAUGAAACAAUUGCUAAUAAUCAAAAAAACGCUAAAAAUGCGGUUAAUAACAGUUGGGCAUCAGUUAACAAAACGUUAAGCCUAAGAAACUAAAUUAGAAAGUCAUCAAAGUCAAAUGUUUGAACAUCGUGUCAAAUUCUAACGUAAAUGCUGGCUUGUUCAUAAAAACGAAGCAUAAAAGUGUGCAUCCAAGUAUUUGAUAACGUGACUGGUAGAUAGUUCAAAACUUUCACAAACAUCGCGAGUGUAAAUACUUAGAAAUGCUUUAGCGGGAUCAGAAUUUUUCAUUGGUAGCUGUCUUAUAAAUCGAUGAAAUACAUUUAUCUUAAUUUUUUACUUCACUUACUCAUAAAUGUCAAAAAUGUAAGUUCAUAAAAAUACUGGAUAUGUUCGAAUGUUCAACUAGAAAGUUGAAAAUGUACAUUCUGCAAUCAAAGCUUUGAGUACUGAAGCACUAAGUUUCGUCAUUUUAACAACACAAAAUUUACUUCAGAAUCUGUUAAUCUUGUCGACUCGUAGGUCUAUAAACACAUAAAAGUGACUGAUAAAUCUCAGCUUGUCAGCAUUAGAUAUUAUGAUUUUCAGAUACCUUUGUUUGAUUCAAGGAAUGAACUUUUUGUUUAGAUAUAUUCUGGAUAUUUGGAUGAUACAAUCAAUACAGAUAACGCCUGGAUCGAACCAACUGUAGUCCAUAAACAUAUUUCUGAUCCAGAUUUUGAUCAUGAUGAACUUAUUCAGGUAAAUCCAAUGACUUUCUAACAAUAUUUUAAUGUUUAUCAGAAAAAGUAUACUUUUGUCGGUGUUGUGAAAUUGGGCCCAAUCUGCAAUAAUAUGAUAAUUAAAAAUAUUCGAAUUAUCGUAUUAACUAGGAAUUCCCGAAACAGUGCAAUUUAAGCCGAACAGAACUAGGUGAGCACUAACGAACGUAUUGUAUUUAGAACUCGAAGUCAGACAUGCAUCAAGUACAAAAGAAUCAUUAGUUCAUACAAACACAAAUAAGCUAUGGACCUACACUUCGUUUUAGUAGAAACUCAUCAGUAAUUCAAAUCUUUAGUUUUGGGGUAGCUGAUGUUUCAUGUAAGGUUAGAAUCCGUCUCAUAUAAUAUCAUGGGCAAAAAACUUCACUGAAUUAUUAAGCUUGUGACCGAUUUCUUGAAGAACUAAGGUGUUCAAAGUACCCUGUUUCUAGUUAGUUCAUGUUAAUCCUCUGUACUAUUUUUCGUUGUGCAGAUAUGUAGGCUUGUUAUGUUAAAAAUGUCGCAUAUAAAGUCAUUGAACGAGAUUCAACUUAUCAUGCUCUGGUGAACUAAAUACCCAUUAUAUCCCGACACAUUAGAAAGUUAACUAGUCUCUCAAUGGUAUUUAAGUACCAAACAUCAGUCAGCUAACAUCGAAUCAUUUGUUGUUACUAUCCCUAUUUAACCAAUAUAUCACCUUUACUCCAAAAUAUUAAAAGUAAGCCCCGGGUACUAAAUUGGUGUAUGAGUCAAUUUUAUCUACGUGAAUCUUCCCAUCUAGACACUUAGAAAGGAAAGACUUGAUAAUAAAAAAAUUCACAGCACACUUAUGUUUGUGGUAACCUAUUAUGGCUUACUGGUCAUGACGUUAAUCAAUUAAGGAAACUUGAUACAUUAGGUCACUUAAUGUAACCUUGUGACAGAAACAUGUGAGUUCGACUAUUUCUGACAUCACCUUGCAGGCAAACUAUCGAAAUGGCUUGACUAUUAACCUUCUUUGUAGACAAUGACUAGUUACGCUGAUCAUUUUUCUCGAAAAUACCAAUAAACGAAAAGACGAAAAGUAAUAGUACAAAAUCGCUAUGUUUGGAUGGAUCUCUAACUCAAAAAUCUACAUGCUUAAAUAAAUGAACAACCCGACCACAACGCACCAUAAUUAGGAAAGUGCAACGUGCCAACACAAGUAAUUUAGAGUAAACAUUGGAAUACAAGGCUCCGAUUAGCUUACCAUAAAUAGGGAACAGGAAAAAUUUAAAAAGUUUACAGAUCGAACGGAAGCGUGGGACUGAGAAGAUAACGAAGACACACUAAAUUUUGGCAAUUGUAAGCUAAAAAUUAAGUCUAACGGUGUUCGUGUUUAUUCGUCGCAGCACAACAAAGUUAUUCAAAUGGUUGCUCAAUACUUAUUUCGAUGACGUGUACCUUAAGUCAAAAUUCAACUUUUCACUAAUCAAUUAAAACAAGAAGAUGGAAUAAUCAUUAGUACAACUCUAUCUAAUGCUUUGCUUUGUAGAGUGCUUCAGUAAAAUUACUCGAAUAUUGUUUUCAUGUUAAUGUACAACGUAAAUGAGAAGACGUUGUCUUCACCGACCUACAAUUUACUCUUGUAAUUGUAAUUAUGGAAAAGUUGUAAGUGGAACUUUGGCUCAUUGGAUAAGGUAAAUUACUCUCAACCAGCAGGUAGAAAGUUGAAACCCCAAUUCACAUAUUUUAGUUUGGAGAUCUAGAUACCAUUAUUGUCCUUCACUCGAACGGUGUGACUAUACUUAAUGAGUUAUCCAUUUUUCAAAAAUUACAUUCGUAAACUCUUAGUAAAUAAUCAAAUUCUGUUUAGUUAUGAGCAUUCGUGAAAGGUGAUAAGUACAACAAUGAGACAUUUUACUUUAUCUAUAAAAAGUUGAAAAUAUAUUUAUAAAACGUCGUUUACCUAUAUUUUUAGUUACUCACUCCGGAAGGAAUUAAUGCGGUAUGGUUAGAUUCAACAAAUACAGUAGGCAUGAGAUCAAGUCAUGAGAAAAUUCUUCGACAAGUCAGAAGACGAAUACAAUCUUCCAGUAUAGACAUAUCAAAAACCACAAAAGAAGUCACAUUCCAUGAAGAAAAUGUGUGAUUAAAAAAACAAUAAAUAAAAAAUCUAUCAAAUAUACUUGCUGAAAACUAGUUGGUGCCUAAAUUUUCACGUAAUUAGUUGUAAUUUUGUUGUAUCCCAAAAAACAGAUUUGAACAUGUAUAUUCCACUAUUUUGAUAUGUAAUAGAAAUAUUCCAUUAUUGUAUUCCAAAGGAAAAAGAUUUUCACAUGAAUUUGUACAGUAACACUUCUGAAUGAAGCUGUUAGAUAUUUGUGCAGUUAAUGUGCCAAGUUUAGUGAUUACCAUUCUCAAUUCGAGUAGAUUAAUCCUGCUGAUAAUAGACGACAAAACGUCUUUCACGUAUCACUUUUCUUGGUUGCUUAUUUUGCAUUCUAUCUAGCUAGUAUUGUAAACGUUUACUGAAGGAUACACUUUGGAUACUCAAAUAAUUACUUUUCUUUACCGUCAUUUUACAUCAUGUAUUUUAUUCUUUCUGAUUGUUUUGUUAUACGAAUACGAAUAACUUGGAUAACACGUUUUAUGAGCUGAGCUUAUUACUCGUAUAGUCCUCAUUACCACGUAAACGAUUGGACGCCUAGAACCGAUGGAUUCUUUUGAAAAAUGAUGACUUAUGCAUUAAGUACUAUUAAUAACUGUUAAAAGUUAAGCAGUGAGUGUUAUAAGCAAAAUAAACAGUGGUAAUCUUGUAUUAAACGUAUAAAUUAAAAUUGCAAGAGACUGUACAAACGUCACCAGGAUUUAUUUGAUUGAGAUACACCAGCCUUAAAGUUUGAUGAAAACAAUGACCACUUCUUGAUAGUGAAAACAAAGAAGUGGGAUUAGAUAGAAUGUGAAUCUCAGAUUGUUUUAUAUUCCACGUCUAUUCAACUGUCAAUUAUUAUGCGCAGUGUCCACACACUGAUUCACACUUUAUAUGGUAAGAACCACAAAGAUACUUCGACCCACUUAAAAGACAUACAGAUUGUAAAGAUUUUGUGAAAAUUGUUCCCCCUCUAACUGAUGACUGAAAAAAAAAUACUUAAACCUCUCAAAAACUAUAAUGAAGAAUACCUGUGAUCCCAUAAAAUUUGAUUGACAACUGAUUUGUAACUAUUCAGCAUUCGAAGUAACAUCGUAUAUCCAAUUUUGAACUUAUCAAUGAUAUCCUAUGAAAGUAUUGAUUAGACACCAAUUUUAUGUCCAUUAAAUUGUGUAACUGUUUGUGCUGAUACUAAACGAUGAAUCCAGAAAGUUAAAUAAAUGUAUUUCAUAAAAAGGAUGUGAAAUCAAAAAGUUGUUUAACAAGAUUUUCUACCAGAAUUUAACCGUUCUCUUAACCACUUUAGUGGCCCGGGAUCUGAUUCAGUUGGAUUGUACGAGUGAUUGCUGUCGAAAUAUACAUCCUGACUAUUGUCGUAUAUAAUUAUAGACUUAAUCCACGUUAGUGAAUAACGGAAUUAAAUAAGCCAAAUACGAGAAUGAUUUUCAAAUACGCAUAUUUCAUACAAUCGUUGAUCCAGACAAAAUAUCUGAGAUGCGAAGAGAAAAGAGCGAAGCGAAAUGACGCACAGUGGAGAAGGCGUGUGACCCAACUCCACUUAACCAAGGGUUAAUCAAUAUUUUUAGUCGCACAAAAACAACCUACAGACAUGUGAUGAGUAGGAUAAGAUGUACACACACAUACGCUCAUAUAAAAACAUUCAAGGUUAAUAAGUGAAUAAUUAACAAGGUUAAAACGUGACUCAAGGAGAACGAAUAAACUGGACUGUCCAGAAGUUAGAAUAAGGUAUAUGAGCUUGACAUAGUAUCGGACACUACACCACAUCGCAAAUACAAAGGACAACACCUUACUAUUUAAAUUACUUCAAUAAAAAACAAUUUGUUUUAGUUUUUCCUCUAUAGGCAGGUAUCCUUAUUUAAGAAACAGAAGCGUGUCGAUAUAAAUCGACUACGGCAUACUACAAACUAGAUAACAGAUGUAUAUUACCAUAUACACAAAACUAAAUGAUUUUAUUGACAAGAUAAAUAAUUCGGUUUUCCAUCUUCGUCCAUAGAUUGUUCGGAAAAUCUUAUUGAAUAUUAAAAAUCUAAAUGAAAUCCCGGAAGUCGACUGAAUAAAUUUCAAUUAUUAUCACUUCGCCUUGUUGAUGCAUCCCAACAACUAAGAAAAUGAGGACCAUGGCUCUAUAAAUUCAAAACAUCAAGUGUAUCGUCAAGUCGUUCAACACAACAGAUGUACUACAAGAGUUCGGUUGGCAUGAACUAGAAAUCAUACUGAAUAAUUACUAGUAACCGAGGCGCUUUAUGCAGAUUUUUGCAAAAUUCAUCAGUCAGUCAGCUACAACGUAGGACCAGGCACAUAUGUGCAUCGGUCCAGGUUGCCAUACCGCAUCAGCACAACAAGAUGAACACCGGAUUCAUAGCAGUGGUUAGGUCAAAGGUGGUAAUAUGUAAGAGAAAGAUUGCAUAUAAGGAUAUAGUAUAGGAAGAAAAAAUUGGUUUGUAGAAAGAAAGGUAUGAAGCGAUUUUAAUCUCUUAGUUUAAGGGAAGGCAGGGAGUGUAUACACCGACGCCAUUGUGAUCGAUUCUGAGCCAUGUCACCAAGAGUCUCCAGCCAUUGGUUAAGAAAGUCACGCGGACCCCAACCAAAUAGUCCGCAUCUACCAACAUGGCUCAGACUAGAAGUUAGUGACUUCAAGCACUGAUGCCACGUUUUGGUUUGGCCGCCCCUUACUUUCUUCCAACCAUCCCCAACACCGGAUAGCAUUGCACGUCGUGGUAAUCGGUGUUCAGGCAUACGUAACACGUGGCCCAACCAUCUCAGACGACGAAGAUUAACAACCUCAUCAACUGAUUUACCAUCAUUCCCUAAUACCCUGCGUUUAACCUCAUCAUUACUUACCCGGUGAUCCCAGCAGAUGCCAG